CGUUGGGGACCCUUGGCGGGCGUCUCCGGUCGGAGGGAGGCUGCUGCGCCGUGGCGGCUGCGGGCGCGGAGGGCUGGAAACCUGGGAUCACGCGCCCCUGGGCGCCGCCCCGCCCCCGCGCCCUGACCCAGCGCGGUGGCGUCACAGUCGCGCGGUCCAGACUACGGCCUCCGGGCCUCUGUUCCCGGGCUCGGCGCUCGGGGGCCAGGCGGGGCGGCAGACGGGCAGGGAUGGGCUGCGCGGGCGCAGGCUCCCCAGAGCGCAGCCGGAAGCGGUACCGGAGCCGGGGUAGGCGGCGGCCGCGGGCCCCCCGGCGGCGGAAGGCCCCAGCGUGCAGGCGCAGGAAGGUGCGCCGCCGGCGGAAGGAGCCCUGUCCCCACCGCUUGGGGCCGGACAUGAGCGAGAGUCUCGAGUCCCAGGACCCGUGCGCGUCCCAGGACGACUGGCGCUCAGCGCGCUCCAUGCACGAGUUUUCCGCCAAGGACAUCGACGGGCACACGGUUAACCUGGACAAGUACCGGGGUUUCGUGUGCAUCGUCACCAACGUGGCCUCCCAGUGAGGCAAAACCCAGGUGAACUACACUCAGCUUGUCGACCUGCACGCCCGAUACGCCGAGUGCGGUUUGCGGAUCCUGGCCUUCCCCUGCAACCAGUUCGGGAAGCAGGAGCCAGGGAGUAACGAAGAGAUCAAAGAGUUCGCCGCUGGCUAUAACGUCAAAUUCGACAUGUUCAGCAAAAUCUGCGUGAACGGGGAUGACGCCCACCCGCUGUGGAAGUGGAUGAAGAUCCAGCCCAAGGGAAAGGGCACCCUGGGGAAUGCCAUCAAGUGGAACUUCACCAAGUUCCUCGUCGACAAGAAUGGCUGUGUGGUGAAGCGGUACGGACCCAUGGAGGAACCCCAGGUGAUAGAGAAGGACCUGCCCUGCUAUUUCUAGCCCAAGUGUGUGGCCCUGUCCAAGCCCCUGCCCUCGCCCUCGGAGCCUUCCACCAGCACCCAUGACGGCCUGCCUGCAAACCAGCUGAUGGUGGGGCAGGCCUGAAAACCCCGCGUGCACCCCGCCGGAGAAGGUCCCGUGGUCCGCUGGGCCCGGCUUGGCGCCCCCACCCCUGGCUGCCUUGUGGGAAUAAACGAGAGAGAUUGGC